GAUGAAUCAGGACAACGUCCACGAAGGGUGGCUCCUCUCCAACCCCAACGGGGACCCUAUAAAAGCAGCCCCGUCCUCGCCUCGCUCCGCACGGCUUCCCAGGAAUCCCACUUGAUCCCGCCGGUGACUCGGGCUCGCUCGGAUCUGCAGGAUGUCCCCGUUCUUGGACAGCAUCGCCACCAUCGUCGGCGUCUUCCAGCAGCACGCCCGGGGAGAUGGGGACGGCUCCGGGCUCAGCCGCAGGAGGAUGAGGGAGCUCAUCCAGAGGGAAUUCGCAGAUUCCCUGGUGAAGCCACACGACCCUCAGACCAUCGAGAAGAUCCUGCAGUUCCUGGAGUGGGAUGGGGACGGGGACAUCGAUUUUAACGAGUUCCUCCUCCUGGUGUUCCGGGUGGCCAAGUGCUGCUUCUGGUUCCAGCCGAGGGCCCCGUUCCUGGUGCAGAGGACAAAGAUCCCGACCGGCGGAAAAUCCCUGCGGGAGCCGGAAUUCAGGAGCAGAGGGAACCGCCGGCAGCUCCAGGAGGAGGAGGAGGAACGACAAACCUGGGAGAGGAAUGGUGAAGCUGAGCUGCAAGGAGACCUCAGGGUCAGGGAGGUGGAAAUCUCGGAGGAAACGAGGAGGGAUCAGCAGGAACAUCGCACGCGGAGCAGGACGGACGCGGAACCACGCAGGGAGCUGAUCCCUCGGGAACACCGGGAACGGAGCCAGGAGCCGUGCGAGCAGCGGGAGAGCCGGAGAAGGCGGCAGCCCCCGGAGCCAGACAGACGGGAGGGAGAGAGGAGAGACCGGGAGGGGCUCCGGGAGGAAGAACUGGCAGACGUGAGGACAGGCAGGCAACGCCGAGAACCCCAACCACAGCUGGACAGGUGGAGCCGCCAGGAGCCAGGGGGUGAUGAAAGAACCCAGUGGCCACGAGGAGCAGAUGGAGAAGGUGACAAUCGGCCACGGGAACCCGAAUUGCUCCGGGAAGAGAGGAGCCGCCACCGCCGGCGUGAGCUGGAACAAAGAGAGCUGGAAGGGAGAAGCUGCCGGGCGGCUGAGCUGGAAUGUCCAGAGUCCAGGCGGCCACAUCAGUCGUACCUGGAGGAACCGUUAGAGAUCGACCUCGGGGAAUGUGGGAGAGCAGAGCCAGAGGAACGCGGCUACGGACGGAGAACAAAGCAGGAACGGGAGCUGGAAUCUGAGGAAAGGGAAAGGGAGAUCCGAGAGGAGCAAGAGAGGGAAGAAAGAGAUGACCCCAGAAGAAAACGGAGAAUGAGAGAGAGGAGGGUGAAUCAAGAACGGGAGCUGGAGGUGGAGGUGUCCGAGCGCCGGGCACGGGAAAGGGAGGAAGAAGUGGCCAUCAUUGGCCGGAGAGAGACACGGGAGGGACGAGAGCGAGACAUCCGUGAGGCUGAAAUAGAUGCAAGGAGAGAACAAGAAGUGCAUGACAGGAGAAGAGAGAUCUCAGUGGCAGCAGCAGAAGCCGAUGACAGAGUGCGCCGUGAGAUCCGGGAACAAGGUGAGGAGCUGAGAAGGAGAGAACGUCCCUCUGAGCGUGAGGAAGACAGAAGAAUUUGCCCCAGAAGAGACAGGGAAGAGCCCCUGAGGGAGAGGAGAAUCGACCGUGAACGGGAGCUGGAGGUGGGAAUCUCUGAGCGCCGGGCACGGGAAAGGGAGGAGAGACAAGAGCGAGAAAUUCGUGAGAUUGGAGAUGAUGGAAGGAGACAGAGAGAAACUCUGAGGUACGAAAGGGACAGAGAGAUCUCAGUGGCAGCAGCUGAAGCCGAUGUCAGAGUGCGUCGUGAGAUCCGGGAACCACGAGAGGAGCUGAGAAGGAGAGAACGUCCCUCUGAGCGUGAGGAGGAAGAGAGGAGAAUCUCCCGGGUCAGAGAGAGGGAAGAAGCCCUGAGGGAGAGGAGAAUCGAUCGGCAACGGGAGCUGGAGGUGGAGGGCUCUGAGCGCCGGACAAGGGAAAGGGAGGAAGAAGUGGCUGCCAUUGGACGGAGGGAGAUACGGGAGAGACGAGAGCGAGAAAUUCGUGAGAUUGGAGAUGAUGGCAGGAGACAGAGAGAAACUCUGAGGUACGAAAGGGACAGAGAGAUCUCAGUGGCAGCAGCAGAAGCCGACGUCAAAGGGCGCCGUGAGAUCCAGGAACCACAAGAGGAGCUGAGAAGGAGAGAACGUCCCUCUGAGCGUGAGGAGGAAGCAGAACCAGAGAGGAGAAUUUCCCGGGUCAGAGAGAGGGAAGAGGCCCUGAGGGAAAGAGGCCUUGAUCAGCAACGGAAGCUGGAGGUGGUUGAGCGCCGGGCAUGGGAAAGGGAGGAAGAAGUGGCUGCCAUUGGCCAGAGAGAGACACGGGAGAGACGAGAGCAAGACAUCCGUGAGGCUGAAAUAGAUGCAAGGAGAGAACAAGAAGUGCAUGACAGGAGAAGAGAGAUCUCAGUGGCAGCAGCUGAAGCCGAUGUCAAAGGGCGCCGUGAGAUCCGGGAACGGGAACCACGAGAGGAGCUGAGAAGGAGAGAACGUCCCUCUGAGCGUGAGGAGGAAGAGAGGAGAAUCUCCAGGGUCAGAGAGAGGGAAGAGACCGUGAGGGAGAGGAGAAUAAACCAUGAACAGGAGCUGGAGGUGGAGGGCUCUGAGCGUCGGACAAGGGAAAGGGAGGAAGAAGUGGCUGCCAUUGGACGGAGGGAGAUACGGGAGAGACGAGAGCGAGAAAUUCGUGAGAUUGGAGAUGAUGGAAGGAGACAAAGAGAAACUCUGAGGUACGAAAGGGACAGAGAGAUCUCAGUGGCAGCCGCAGAAGCCGAUAUCAAAGGGCGCCGUGAGAUCCGGGAACCACGAGAGGAGCUGAGAAGGAGAGAACGUCCCUCUGAGCGUGAGGAGGAAGAGAGGAGAAUCUCCCAGGUCAGAGAGAGGGAAGAGGCCCUGAGGGAGAGGAGAAUCGAUCGGCAACGGGAGCUGGAGGUGGAGGGCUCUGAGCGUCGGGCACGGGAAAGGGAGGAAGAAGUGGCCAGAGUUGGCCGGAGGGAGAUACGGGAGAGACGAGAGCGAGAAAUUCGUGAGAUUGGAGAUGAUGGAAGGAGACAGAGAGAAACUCUGAGGUACGAAAGGGACAGAGAGAUCUCAGUGGCAGCAGCAGAAGCCAAUGUCAAAGGGCGCCGUGAGAUCCGGGAACGGGAACCACGAGAGGAGCUGAGAAGGAGAGAACGUCCCUCUGAGCGUGAGGAAGACAGAAGAAUUUGCCCCAGAAGAGACGGGGAAGAGCCCCUGAGGGAGAGGAGAAUCGACCGUGAACGGGAGCUGGAGGUGGGAAUCUCUGAGCGCCGGGCACGGGAAAGGGAGGAGAGACAAGAGCGAGAAAUUCGUGAGAUUGGAGAUGAUGGAAGGAGACAGAGAGAAACUCUGAGGUACGAAAGGGACAGAGAGAUCUCAGUGGCAGCCGCAGAAGCCGAUGUCAGAGUGCGCCGUGAGAUCCAGGAACGGGAACCACGAGAGGAGCUGAGAAGGAGAGAACGUCCCUCUGAGCGUGAGGAGGAAGCAGAACCAGAGAGGAGAAUUUCCCGGGUCAGAGAGAGCGAAGAGGCCCUGAGGGAGAGGAGAAUAGAUCGGCAACGGGACCUGGAGGUGUCUGAGCGCCGGGCACGGGAAAGGGAGGAAGAAGUGGCUGCCAUUGGACGGAGAGAGACACGGGAGAGACGAGAGCGAGAAAUUCGUGAGAUUGGAGAUGAUAGAAGGAGACAGAGGGAAACUCUGAGGUACGAAAGGGACAGAGAGAUCUCAGUGGCAGCAGCUGAAGCCGAUGUCAGAGUGCACCGUGAGAUCCGGGAACAAGGUGAGGAGCUGAGAAGGAGAGAACGUCCCUCUGAGCGUGAGGAGGAAGCAGAACCAGAGAGGAGAAUUUCCCGGGUCAGAGAGAGCGAAGAGGCCCUGAGAGAGAGGAGAAUCGAUCGGCAACGGGACCUGGAGCUGGAGGUCUCUGAGCGCCGGGCACGGGAAAGGGAGGAGGAAGUGGCCGCCAGAAACCUGAGAGAGACACGGGAGAGACGAGAGCGAGAAAUUCGUGAGGCUGAAAUAGCUGCAAGGAGAGAACAAGAAGUGCAUGACAGGAGAAGAGAGAUCUCAGUGGCAGCAGCAGAAGCCGAUGUCAAAGGGCACCGUGAGAUCCGGGAACGGGAACCACGAGAGGAGCUGAGAAGGAGAGAACGUCCCUCUGAGCGUGAGGAGGAAGAGAGGAGAAUCUCCCGGGUCAGAGAGAGGGAAGAAGCCCUGAGGGAGAGGAGAAUCGAUCGUCAGCGGGAGCUGGAGGUGGAGGGCUCUGAGCGCCGGGCACGGGAAAGGGAGGAAGAAGUAGCCAGAGUUGACCGGAGGGAGAUACGGGAGAGACGAGAGCGAGAAAUUCGUGAGAUUGGAGAUGAUGGCAGGAGACAGAGAGAAACUCUGAGGUACGAAAGGGACAGAGAGAUCUCAGUGGCAGCAGCUGAAGCCGAUGUCAGAGUGCGCCGUGAGAUCCGGGAACCACGAGAGGAGCUGAGAAGGAGAGAACGUCCCUCUGAGCGUGAGGAGGAAGCAGAACCAGAGAGGAGAAUCUCCCGGGUCAGAGAGAGGGAAGAGGCCCUGAGGGAGAGGAGAAUCGAUCGGCAACGGGAGCUGGAGCUGGAGGUCUCUGAGCGCCGCAGCCGCCAGACUCAGGACAGGGAGGCAGAAGUGACCGUCGCUGAUCAGAGGGAGGCCCGUGAGGAGAUCAGGCUGGAGGUCCUGGAGGAAGAAGAUGAGGAGGAGCUGGAGCAGGGCCAGUGCCGGUACCAGACCCUGGACGUGGACACCGGCGAUCUCUGCCCCCCGGGACAGGAGGCGCCCGUCAGUGACCUCAGGGUCCGGUACCGCCCCGCUGACCCCGAUGUCCGGCCCGAGGUCCGGCUGCUCCCCGAGCCUGUGGAGCCUCAGACCGUCGCCUACUUGGUGCACGUGAUCCAGAACCUGGAGGACCCCAAGGCCGCCACCUACGAGAUCGUGUGCCACCAGCCCGGCCAGCAGGGCCAGCCCGUGCGCGUCCGGACCUGCUCCGUGUCCCCGCGGCCACCGAGUGACUGCAGGGGCCGUCCCGAGGCGCCGCCGUCCAAAUGCCCCCAGGAAAACCCCGAGGGUCUGGAUGAGCCCCGGGAAAGAUCCGGAAAAGAAGUGAAGGACGGAGCCCUCCGGGAUUCCGCCGAGGCGGAGGCUGUGAAAGGCGAGCGGGUGAAAUCCAAGGAGAUCCGGAGGCGCCCCGAGAUCCCUGAGGUGGAGCAGGAUCAGCCCCAGGGUGAGGAACCCCAGAAGGUCCCACGGGAGCCCGGAUCCGGCUGCCAGCGGAGAGAGCGCGAGGACAGCGAGGCCAAGAGCGGCAUCCCCCCGGAAUGUCGGGAUCCGGAGCGGAGAGAGCCCGCAGAGCCCCGCAGAGAGGGAAUCCAGGAGGGUGAGGAGGCUCCUGAGGAGGAACCCAGCAAGAGGAGCCGCCGGGAAUCCGGCAAUUCCCAGGUUUCUCGGGAAGGUGGCACCAAGCAGGGCCAGGAGCCCCCGCAGGAGGCCCCGAGCCGCCCCAGGGAUGAAUCCAAGACAUCCUGAGGGGAAUCUGCCUCUCCCUGGAGCCUCCCCAGGUCCUUCUGAGGGUCACUUCUGCCCCCCAUUACCAGCUCGGGAUGUGGUGGCCCAGCAGUGAUGGACUCAAAAGGAUCCCGGGGUGUCCAGUGGGGUUUGGGGGCUUUUCCCUGGAAUGAAUCCUCAGCAGGAAGCGAGAUCCCCCCAGAUGUGGCGUUUCCACCUCCUGCCGGGUGUGUCCCUCCAUAUUUAAUCACUUUUUCUGCUCUGAUUGGAGUCCUUGGGUCCCUCUGUCCUCUUUUGCACCCUGGGGUGUCACUUCAGGUUCCCCCUGCCCUGGGGCUGCUCUCGGCUUCUGCCGUUAAACUCCAAAAAAAUUCCUGAUUUUGGGGCCUGGAAAUCCUCAAGGCUGGGGAAAAAAAAAAAAAUCACCUUUUUAGCCUCGAUUCCAGCAGAAUUCCAGCUCCAGGCCCCGGGGUUUAGAGGCACAGGGUGCUGGUGGUGGGUGGGGGAUUCUCCUUCUCCUCCUUUUCCUUUUCCUUCCUUUUUGAUCGCAUGGAAAAUGGGAAUAAACGGCUGAUUCCUGCA